GUGGGGACCUGCUGACCAAAGCAGGAUAGGCGCAACAGUCAACAAAGCAAGAUGGUUGCAUGGACAGACUUCGAGCGAGCCACAAUCAAGGACAUCUUCUCCAAGAUCGACUAUGAAGUCGUUGGCCCAGCAGCUAUUUCCAGGUGUCUGAUUGUGUACCCCUGGACUCAGAGGUAUUUCGGUGGAUUUGGAAACCUCUACAAUGCUGCUGCCAUCACAUCAAAUCCAAGGGUUGCGUCUCAUGGAAAAGUCAUCAUGGAAGCUCUGGAAAAAGCCGUGAAGGACAUGGACAACAUCAAGGCCACAUAUGCAGAGCUGAGCGCGCUGCACUCUGAGAAACUGCAGGUGGACCCUGACAAUUUCAUGCUUCUGGGCGACUGCCUGGCCAUUGUGGUUGCUGCUCAGUUGGGUAAAGACUUCACUCCUGAGGUCCAUGCAGCUUUCCAGAAGUUCCUGGCAGUGGUGGUGUCCUCCCUGAGGAGGCAGUACUAGAGAGCUGCAGAGGACCAUCACAUGUUCUGUUUUUAAAUCAUGUUUUAAUGAGCUUUAAAUAAAGAAAUCUGUACUGCUCAGGCUAUGUAUUUUCUGCUAUAGUAUGCGUGAGCUCAU